AUGGAGCAAACAGUUAUUGACUUGAUCAAUGUCAAGACGACCCAGACAGCCCCCUACCUCCGCGUCGCCGACCGGCCCGCUCACGAGACGGCGCGCCUCGUGCUCCGAUCCUUUACCGCCGCCGACCUCGCCAGCUUCCACGAGCUCCGCACGCAGCCCGAGGUCAUGAUUUACACGUCGCAAGGCCGUCCCGACGCCUCCCUCGCGGAGACGCAGACCAAGCUCGACCCGUUCCUGUCGCCGCGCGGCGACGACCUCUACGUGCUGGCCGUGGUGGAGCGUGCGACGGGCGCGCUCGUCGGCUCCGUCGGCUCGCAUCUGCGGACUGACGAGCUCGGCUGGCCCGCGCUCGGCUACAUGCUGCGCAAAGAGGCCUGGGGCAAGGGCUACGCGACCGAGGCGCUCGCGGGCUUCCUCGAGGUGUGGUGGUCGCUGCCGCGCGAGGAGACGGCGCUGGUGGUGGACACGAGCACGGUGCCGGGGCCGGCAAAGGCGGUCGGGGGAGCGGAGGAGGUGACGGUGACGGAGCAAAUCGUCGCUAUUACGAUUGAUUCGAAUGUGGCGAGCCAGAAUGUGCUGCGCAAGUCGGGCUUCAAACUGGUCAAGAAGUGGAUCGACACGGAGAAUCCGCCGUUGCUACCGUUAUGUUUUGCAUGGUCUCUUGAGCGACCACAAUAG